GGUCAUUCAGCAAAGAUAAAAUAGUAAUUAGGGACCUGCAAACUGGACAGCUAAGAACUUCUGUAAUUAUGGAUGUAAAAAUGCCAGGCAUAGCAGGAACUUUGGUGCCUGCCACAUUUAUGCCCAAGGUUGUCAGUGAUAAUGAAUUAGUAACUGCAACCAAGUCAUCAG